AUGAAUUAUCUGGUUGGCAAGUUCUGUGGCGCGUAUGAAUCUGCCACCAGAGAGAGAAGUAGCGGCCAAAACGAUGAUGUUCUCAAGCUAGCUCAUGAGAUCUUCUUCAACAGCUAUAACAAGAAAUUUACGCUUGAACAUGCGUGGAAGGAGAUUCGAAACGAUCAGAAAUGGUGUGACCUGUCCAGUUCUAAAGCGGAGAGAAGCUCUAAAAGGAGAAGGUGCGAUGAAGGUGCACAAUCCUCAACCUCUCACGCCUCUGAAACCAACAUUGGUGAAGCUGAUCAAUCAACCAUUUGGCCCCCGGGUGUUAAGGCAGCAAAGGGGCUUGGUAAGAAGACGCAUGCAUCGGGGAAGGCACUGGCUGAGUUUCAGAGUAUGUGGGACAUCAAGAAGGAGGAUCUGGUUAUGAAAGAAAGGCUGACAAAAAUGAAGCUACUUGAUAGGUUAAUUGCAAAACCAGAACCGCUUGCUGAGGGUGAAGAAGCUCUGAAGAACAAGCUAAUUAAUGAGUUUUUGUCUAAUUAG